AUGGCGUGUGGCAGCGGACGGGUCACCAUCCAGCUGGUGGACGAAGAGUCAGGGCCCGGAACCAGAGGCCCAAAGCCCUUUCGGGGCCAGAGAUUCGAGGCCAUCCGAGCAGCCUGCCUAGAGGAGGGGAUCCUGUUCCGAGAUCCCUACUUCCCUGCUGGCCCUGAUGCCCUUGGCUACGAUGAGCUGGGGCCAGACUCAGAGAAGGCGAAAGGGGUGGAAUGGAAGAGACCCCAUGAGUUUUGCGCUGAGCCCCAGUUCAUCUGUGAGGACAUGAGCCGAACAGACGUGUGUCAGGGGCGCCUAGGUAACUGCUGGUUUCUUGCGGCCGCUGCCUCCCUCACUCUGUAUCCCCGACUCCUGUGCCGGGUGGUCCCCCCUGGACAGGGUUUCCAAGAUAACUAUGCAGGUGUCUUCCAUUUUCAGCUCUGGCAGUUUGGCCGCUGGGUGGACGUCGUGGUGGACGACAGGCUGCCGGUACGUGAAGGGAAGCUGAUGUUCGUGCGCUCGCAUCAGCGGAAUGAGUUCUGGGCCCCGCUGCUGGAGAAGGCCUAUGCCAAGCUCCACGGUUCCUAUGAGGUGAUGCGAGGUGGCCACAUGAAUGAGGCUUUCGUGGACUUCACAGGCGGCGUGGGCGAGGUGCUCUACCUGAGGCAAGACAUCCCAGGGCUCUUCUCUGCUGUGCGCCAUGCCCUGGCCAAGGAGUCCCUCGUGGGAGCCACCGCCCUGAGCGAUCGGGGUGAGUACCGCACAGAAGAUGGGCUGGUCAAGGGACACGCGUACUCCGUCACCGGCACGUACAAGGUGACCCUGGGCUUCACCAAGGUGCGGCUGCUGCGGCUUCGGAACCCAUGGGGCCGUGUGGAGUGGACUGGGGCCUGGAGCGACAGCUGCCCGCGCUGGGACGCGCUCCCGGCAGAGUGGCGCGAGGCCCUGCUGGUGAAAAAGGAGGAUGGCGAGUUCUGGAUGGAGCUGAAGGACUUCCUCCGCCACUUCAACACCGUCCAGAUCUGCUCACUGAGCCCGGAGGUGCUGGGCCCGAGCCCAGCUGGAGGCGGCUGGCAUAUCCACAUCUUCCAAGGCCGCUGGGUGCGCGGUUUCAACUCCGGCGGGAGCCUGCCUGGCACCGAAACCUUCUGGACCAACCCCCAGUUCCGACUGACGCUUCUGGAGCCUGAUGAGGAGGAAGAUGAUAAUGAGGAGGGGCCUUGGGGGGGCUGGGGGGCAGCAGGAGCGUGGGGCCCGGCCAGGGGGGGACGCAUCCCCAAGUGCACUGUCCUUCUGUCACUCAUCCAGCGUAAUCGGCGGCGCCUGAGGGCCCAGGGCCUCACCUACCUCACUGUGGGCUUCCACGUGUUCCAGAUCCCAGAGGAGCUGCUGGGCCUGUGGGACUCCCCGCGCAGCCGCGAGCUCCUGCCGGGCCUGCUGCGCGCCGACCGCUCUCCCUUCUGCGCCCGCCGCGACGUGAGCCGCCGCUGCCGCCUGCGCCCCGGCCACUACUUGGUGGUGCCCAGCGCCGCCCACGCCGGCGACGAGGCCGACUUCACGCUGCGUGUCUUCUCCGAGCGCCGCCACACCGUUGUGGAGAUUGAUGACGUCAUCAGUGCCGACCUGCAGGCCCUCAUGGUCCCGUACGUGCCCCUGGAACUGGGGCUGGAGCAGCUGUUUCAGGAAUUGGCAGGAGAGGAGGAAGCACUCAGCGCCUCUCAGCUCCAGAUCUUAUUAAGUAUUGCCCUGGAGCCUGCCAGGGCCCGCGCCUGGACCUCUGCCCGGACCUCUGCCGAGAUUGGGCUCAGGACCUGUGAGCAGCUGCUGCGCUGUUUCGGGAACGGACAGAGCCUCACCCUGCAUCACUUUCAGCAGCUCUGGGGCCAUCUCCUGGAGUGGCAGGCCACAUUCGACAAGUUCGAUGAGGACGCCUCUGGAACCAUGAACUCCUAUGAGCUGAGGCUGGCACUGAAUGCAGCAGGCUUCCACCUCAACAACCAGCUGACCCAGGCCCUCACAAGCCGCUACCGGGACAGCCGUCUGCGCGUGGACUUCGAGCGCUUCGUGUCCUGUGCGGCCCAGCUCACCUGCAUCUUCCGACACUGCAGCCGGCACCUGGAUGGAGGCGAGGGGGUAGUCUGCCUGACCCGCAGACAGUGGAUGGAGGUGGCCACCUUCUCGUAGGAUCUCCGCACGGACCCCUGUGGCUCGAGGCGAAGCGCUGCCAGGAGCCCGUUCUCCUCGCCCAGCCUGGACUGGGCUUUGUUCCACAGGGCGGGGGUCUGAGCCACACCGACCCCUCCACCUGGCACAUGGGUCUGCU